AUUGACAUGACAUCAUAAAGGUCAAGGCUUGAUACGAUACUACUUUUUGAAACUUUUCAAUUUAUUUCUGAAAGAAAUAAUCGAAAUUCUUAGUAUUUACAACAAAAUCCGAGAUAAAAAAAUUACUUUGUAACUGGAUACUUAGAGACUUUAAAAAUCAAUUUAAUUGUCGAAUAUUUUGUGAUUGUUUGUGAACAAAAGUAAAACUUUUUUGUUGGCUUAUGUUUAUGACACGCCGAGAUGCAAGAAAACAACAAUUUUGAAACUAUCAUUAGCACAUGGCGUCGUUUGUCUGGGGAACAAAUAGAAACUGCUGUAGUAAGUAUGUCUGGAGAUUCACCUGAUUACCAACUGCACAAGAAAAAAGAAGAGGAGACUGAUUUGUUGAUGCCGGAGAGGACAAAAGCACCAAUUACAAGCAUAGCUACUGCUGGUUCAGCAUUAGCUGCUACGGAAGUGCCAUCAGACAGUACUGUUACUGGGAAGCCUGAGGAAAAACAAGAAUUUAUUAGACAUGACAAGAAAGAUGAUAGCAAAGAAGCCGCAGGAGAUACAAACAUUAAAGAACCUAAGAGUGAGAAGAGUGAAGAUUACCUUGAUGAUGAAAAGCUGACAAAUAAAUCAGAAAAGAUCGACAAUGAUACUGAGAAGUUUGUAGACAAGGUAGAUAGUGUGUAUCUUCGACCACCCCCACCGCACAAGGCCCGUUCAACUGCAUCUACGGUCGAGGAAGAAGACUGUGGCAUCAAGUGCCUGUACUACACAAUCCAGUGUUGUGAUUGUGUCCUCAUGUAAGGUACACCUAUGCAUAUCAUGUCUCAGUAUGCUCAUAUAGUUGUAGAACAUUAUCUCUAUGCAUAUUCCAUGAUCUUAUAUAAAUGAACUACUCAUAGCCAUACAUAAAGAAACUUGAAUUUUUGCUCACCUGCAAUGUAGUGAAGCAUUGAUAAACUUUAUAUUUCGAGUAGGAAUUAUACAAAUAUUUUUGCAACAAAAUGUAUUAAAUGCUCAUGUCUAAAUUGCUUUAUUUAGAACAUAAGAUUUUUGGCUUUACAAUGUAUUUAACUCUAUACUAUUAUGAUAAAAUUUGAGGUAUCAUUUUAUAUUAUGUCUGAGACCAUCAUAGGCUCAACAUGCCAUUACGCCAUUACAUAUUAUCAAUUAUUUUCAUAUUGUGCAAAAUAUUGCAUUCCACUAUGUUCCAAGUAUGUGAUAAGAAAUAUAUUUUUCUAAAAUUAGUAUACAAUAAUUGUAAUAAUAUUAUUUAGGUACUAAUGAGAGUGAUACUACUAGUAAUAUGAAAAAGGCCUUGUCUCUAUUACAUAGUACUCAUAGUAGCACAAAGACUGCAUUUUGAAUCACUCUACAUUGUUUCUGACUAACUUACUAUCGAUAGUGUAUCUAGAAAACAGGCUGUUGUAACAAUACACAUUUUAAAUAAUACUCUAAGGUAAAUUCCCAAGUUGUGAUUUUCAAUUAAUUUAAUGAUUUAAUUUUUUAAAUUGGAUAAAUGUUUUAAACAAUUUAUUAUCUUCUAAAAUAUAAUCUUGCAAAAUAUAAUCUGUAUUAGCUCGUGCAGCUUUUUAAAUUCUGUAGUUUUAUUAUAAUUAAGUUGUAGUGUUAGUAACUUUUUAUAACUCAUAAAAAGCCUUGUGCCAAUGUCCUUCCAUAUCAAUGAUAAGUCUCCAUAGCAAGGAGUAUUGAUAUAAUUUAUUAUAAUCUUGUGGUAUUAAGAUUUAUGUCUAUUUUAAUAUCUUGUAUAUCUUAUUAUUCCUAUGUGUAUCCAGUUUCGUACUGUACCGUAGUUUAGAUUUAGUAUUUGCUGUAGUGGUACUUCAUUUCUUCCUCUUCUGGUCAGGCAAUACCAGUAAUUGUUAGGCCACAAUGCCACUAUUUUAAGUCUUUCUUAAUAUGAAUUUACCAAGAGUAAUGAAAAUCUUUAUAUUUUUGACGUUAUAUUUUGUCAACUGUUGCUAAAACUAAGGCAUUAAGACUUUCUGUAGGAGCCUAUACUUGGUAUAAUAAAUAGACUGUAGAUUUAUAAAACAUGUAUUUAUAGAAAGUGUACACAUUUGUACAACCAAUAA